AUGGGAGAUUUGAAAAUAUCGACUCUUAACCUCACCAAAAGGUACAGCAACUCUUUUUAACUGUUUCUGAUGGUUCACAGUCAUCGAGUUUUCAGAGGGUUUUUCAUAAUGCUGUUAUUAUUUCAUAUGAUUUUGUUGCUCGUACCAUGGAUUGAAAUAAAAAUACCAGCAUGGCCAAUAUUAAAAAUAAAAUUUGCAAUAGGUACCUCCUUAUGGCCCUUUCCUACUAUUGAUAUGCUAUCAGAGGAAAACCUAUAUUUACGACAGAUAUUAAUGAAAACAUUGGAGAUUUCAGUGAUUAUGUUAUAUGCUAUAGAUUUAUUGCCCAAAAUUUUUAUUUGGAGAUAAAACGUGCUCUGGAAAUUUGUCAAUAUUGUCAUUUUAUCAUAAAUGAUGUUUUUAUUACCAGUGUCAAUCAUUGCAUAUGAUAAAUUUGCAUUACCGACUGACACUAUGAAAUUACGUAUAUUUUCCAUUAGUUUCUGUUUUGUGAUUGUAUGUGAAAUUCUUAGUAUAAGAGAAUAAAAAUCCUUAAGAUUCUUAUAAAUAAACUAGAGGUAAUAAGAGAAGCAAAGAUAAAUUAAAUAAAAGACUUAGGAAUUUAGUUGGUGUGAAAUAGUGAAACAUGAUUCUCCUAAUGAUUGUUGGAUUGUAAUUAAAGAUAAAAUAUAUGAUGUUACAUAAUUCCUAUAAUAUCACCCAGGUGGUAAUAUGAUCCUUGACGGAGCAGGUGGAGAUUGCACUGCCCUUUGGUAUUCUUAUCAUCCCAGUAAUUUGACAAAGCAAGAGCCUCCUUAGAAAUAUCUGAUAGGGAAGGUCAGAGAUCAUUAAUAAUAUUAUUCUUAUGAUGAUGAUUUCUAUUAAAAUAUAAAGGAAGAAGUGGAGCAAAAGAUUCCAAGAAAUAAAUGGCAAAAUCAUUGGAUUUUAUUUGUAAAGGGAUUCCUCUGUUUAACUGGAUAUCUAGCAUGUUUGUAUUAUUAUAUCAACUAUUGCACCUUAUUAUCUGCAAUCUUAUUAGGAUUCUUAGCUGCACAAGCUGAUGUGAAUAUUAUGCAUGAUGGUAAUCAUUAUGCCUUUUCAUCCAAUAAAACAAUAUCAUUUUUAGCUGGUUAUGUUUUGGAUCUCACUUUUUCAACUAGUGUAGUGUACAGAAGAUCCCAUAAUUUUGGACAUCACAGUUGUGUCAACCACUUAGAACUAGAUAGAGCAUUUGAUACUACAUUUCCAUAUAUAAGAUUGCAUCCACUUUAGCAACGAUUUUGGUAUCAUAAAUAUUAACAUUUGUACAUUUGGAUUAUUUAUACAUUUGUUAAUUUCACAGAUGUCUUUGGAACUUUUGAUGAAAUGCAAUGGUUCAGCAAUUUUCCUUGUAGAAGAGGUUAUGUCUCUAAAUUGUAAGUCUUUUUGUAAAUAAUUGUUAAACUCUUAUGGAUUUCAUUAACAUUGAUUUACCCUUCAAUAAAAUUUUCAUACAAGGUGGCAUUUGGAAUGUGGUUUGUGUAUAAUGCAGUUCACAGUUAUAAUUAUGCUUUAUACUUUUCUGUCAAUCAUUGGACUCUAGAGGCUGGAGUGGUGGAUAAUCAAAAUAUCAAUUAAACAAAUUGGGGUAAAUUGCAAAUCUAAAAUUCUUCUAAUUUUGCUGUUGAUUCUUUUAUUUGGACUCACCUAUCUGGUGGAUUGAACUAUUAAAUUGAACAUCACUUAUUCCCAUAGUUUGCACACACCAGACUCAAAGAAAUAAAGAAUACUAUUUAAGUGAAAGCUAAGCAAGCCAAUAUCAAAUACUUUGAAUUCCCAUCAUUUUUAGAUGCUUUAAUUAGUCACUAUAGAUUGUUGAAAAUUCUAGGAUCAUAAGAUUUAAUUUGA